UCUAUCACGGGGACUUAGACAUUUACCUUCACAUACAUUAGAUUGGAGAAACUCUUGGUGAUGUACUGACGAAGCAGCCCACAAGAAGAAAGAAAAGAAAAGAAAAGCAGAAGAGGAAAUCCCAAUUCAAGUACUCAUAAAGAUCCAUCAAACCUGGCAUGUUUGAUCUCCUGGAGUUAAUUUAGAACUUAAUUGGACUUCUGUUGUAUAUCUGUUUUGCUCAUAAGUAAGCUAACUUGGGAAAUGGGCAUAUACCUCAGCACGCCUAAAACUGAAAAGUUUUCGGAAGAUGGCGAGAAUGGCAAACUAAGGUUUGGAUUGUCCUCCAUGCAAGGAUGGCGUGCUAGCAUGGAAGAUGCCCAUGCAGCAUUUCCUGAUCUAGACAAUUCGACAUCCUUCUUUGGUGUAUAUGAUGGUCAUGGAGGUAAAGUAGUUGCAAAGUUUUGUGCUAAAUACCUCCACCAGCAGGUGCUCAAGCAGGAAGCUUACUCAGCUGGAGACUUGGGCACUUCCGUUCAGAAAUCUUUUUUCAGAAUGGAUGAGAUGAUGCGCGGACAAAGAGGUUGGAGAGAGUUGGCAGUAUUGGGGGAUAAAAUUAACAAGUUCACUGGAAUGAUAGAAGGGUUGAUAUGGUCUCCUCGGGGUGAAGCUAAUGACCAAAUAGAUGAUUGGGCUUUUGAGGAGGGUCCCCAUUCAGAUUUUUCGGGUCCAACUUCUGGAAGCACAGCGUGCGUUGCAAUAAUUCGAAAUAACCAACUUGUAGUUGCUAAUGCCGGCGAUUCUCGGUGUGUGAUAUCUAGGAAGGGUCAGGCAUACAAUUUGUCUAGAGAUCACAAGCCUGAACUUGAGGUGGAGAAAGAAAGGAUUUUAAAAGCUGGAGGUUUCAUCCAUGCCGGGCGUGUCAAUGGAAGCUUAAAUUUAGCAAGAGCAAUCGGUGAUAUGGAGUUCAAGCAGAACAAGUAUUUGCCUGCAGAAAAGCAAAUAGUAACUGCCAGUCCAGACAUAAACACAGUUGAGCUUUGUGAUGAUGAUGAUUUUAUGGUGCUGGCCUGUGAUGGUAUCUGGGAUUGUAUGUCUAGCCAGCAGCUUGUUGAUUUCAUUCAUGAGCAGUUAAACUCUGAAUCUAAGCUCUCAGUGGUUUGUGAAAGAGUGCUCGACAGAUGUUUGGCACCAUCAACAGCUGGUGGUGAGGGAUGUGACAAUAUGACCAUGAUUUUGGUACAGUUCAAAAAACCUAUUCUCAACUCUGGAAGUUCGUCCGCGGAGGUACCAGCAUCACCACCUGAAGUUGCUGCGAAGGAAUCGAACCCAGCAGAGGCUGAGUCAAACUAGUUUGAAGUGGUCUGUCUCUUGCUCUCUUCAUAUACUGAUCGACCUCGUGAAAAGAAUCAUGCUAAAUCUUGAAAAACUUACUUGGAUGCUGAUAUCUGUAUAUGUAGAUUAUUGGUUUAGUGCAGGUGUACAUUAGCAUUAGCUUUAUAAAUAUUUGCUUUGGUUGUGUUUCAUGAUUUGAUUUGCUUAGAAUCGCUUAUCUAUAGGAUCAUGUUGUUUUGAAAUUAAGUGUACAGAUGCUUGGAACUCAUCCCCAGAUUGUUUAAGAAAAUGAGAUUGUUGCGUGCAAAA